AGAGCCCAUUUCCUCCGCGGGACGGGACAAAGCGGCGGGGCCGGGGACGGGCCCGGAGCGGAGCCAGGGCGGCGGCGACCACCCCACCCUAUCCCAUCGCACUGCACCCUCCUGCGCUCCGAAAUGACUGCUGUCACUGCAGCCAAUGUGAACUUCAAAUGGGACCCUAAAAGCCUGGAGAUAAGAACACUGGCGGUUGAAAGGCUACUUGAGCCUCUUGUUACACAGGUGACAACACUGGUUAACACCAGCAACAAGGGCCCCUCUAAUAAAAAGCGAGGGCGUUCUAAAAAGGCCCAUGUUCUGGCUGCCUCAGUUGAACAAGCAACAGAGAAUUUCCUGGAGAAAGGAGACAAAAUCGCAAAGGAGAGCCAGUUCCUCAAGGAGGAGCUGGUGGCGGCGGUGGAAGAUGUCCGCAAGCAAGGUGACCUGAUGAAGAGCGCGUCGGGGGAGUUCGCAGACGACCCCUGCUCGUCGGUGAAGCGCGGGAACAUGGUGCGAGCGGCGCGGGCCCUGCUCUCCGCCGUCACCCGCCUGCUCAUCCUGGCCGACAUGGCAGAUGUCUACAAGCUGCUUGUCCAGCUCAAAGUGGUGGAAGAUGGUAUCUUGAAACUGAGAAAUGCUGGCACAGAGCAGGACUUGGGUAUCCAGUACAAAGCCCUCAAACCAGAAGUGGACAAGCUUAACAUAAUGGCAGCCAAAAGACAACAGGAACUGAAAGAUGUGGGUCACCGUGACCAAAUGGCGGCAGCCAGAGGAAUUCUGCAGAAGAACGUUCCCAUCCUGUACACGGCAUCCCAGGCCUGCCUGCAGCACCCUGAUGUCGCUGCCUACAAGGCCAACAGGGACCUGAUCUACAAGCAGCUGCAGCAGGCAGUGACGGGCAUCUCCAACGCCGCCCAGGCCACCGGCUCCGACGACGCUGCCCAGCAGCAGGGCGGGGGCGGAGAGCUGGCCUAUGCCCUCAACAACUUCGAUAAACAAAUUAUUGUGGAUCCAUCGACCUUCAGCGAGGAGCGUUUCAGGCCGUCCCUGGAAGAGCGCCUGGAGAGCAUCAUUAGCGGCGCGGCGCUGAUGGCUGACUCAUCGUGCACACGUGAUGACCGACGGGAGCGCAUCGUGGCCGAGUGUAACGCGGUGCGACAGGCCUUGCAGGAUCUGCUCUCCGAGUACAUGGGCAAC